GCUGUGUGUUAGGCUGAGGCUGAGGCAGGAAGCCCCUCGCUGCCUGUGUAGUGACGGCCUCUGUUGCAGGUGGCAGGUGUAUCUUGUCUGUGCAGGCUGUGUGUUAGGCUGAGGCUGAGGCAGGAAGCCCCUCGCUGCCUGUGUGGUGACGGCCUCCUCUGUUGCAGGUGGCAGGUGUAUCUUGUCUGUGCAGGCUGUGUGUUAGGCUGAGGCUGAGGCAGGAAGCCCCUCGCUGCCUGUGUGGUGACGGCCUCCUCUGUUGCAGGUGCCAGGUGUAUCUUGUCUGUGCAGGCUGUGUGUUAGGCUGAGGCUGAGGCAGGAAGCCCCUCGCUGCCUGUGUGGUGACGGCCUCCUCUGUUGCAGGUGCCAGGUGUAUCUUGUCUGUGCAGGCUGUGUGUUAGGCUGAGGCAGGAAGCCCCUCGCUGCCUGUGUGGUGACGGCCUCCUCUGUUGCAGGUGGCAGGUGUAUCUUGUCUGUGCAGGCUGUGUGUUAGGCUGAGGCUGAGGCAGGAAGCCCCUCGCUGCCUGUGUGGUGACGGCCUCCUCUGUUGCAGGUGCCAGGUGUAUCUUGUCUGUGCAGGCUGUGUGUUAGGCUGAGGCAGGAAGCCCCUCGCUGCCUGUGUGGUGACGGCCUCCUCUGUUGCAGGUGCCAGGUGUAUCUUGUCUGUGCAGGCUGUGUGUUAGGCUGAGGCAGGAAGCCCCUCGCUGCCUGUGUGGUGACGGCCUCCUCUGUUGCAGGUGCCAGUGACAGGACUCCCUCCGUGCAUCCCUCCUGCAGCCCCAGGCUUCCUGCAGGACCAGACGCAGCCAGGAGCAGCGUUGCAAUGGAGGGUGCAAGGCCAGGAAACAGCAGCAGCAGCAGCAGCAGCAGCAGCAGUGGCAGCAGGAACAGCCUGGAGCAGCGGGCGACCCUGGGCGUGAGGACCUACACUUGUGACCACUGCGGCAAAGUGUGCUCCACCAAGGCUGCCAUUGCCAGACACGUCCUCUCCCAUGCCAGCAAGACAAGGCUGAGAGGCAGGAGUGGCCCCGCUGAACACACUGCCACCCACACUGGUGGCAGGAACCACAAGUGUGACCUCUGCGGGAAGACAUUUGUCCGGAAGAGUCAUCUUGCCUCACACAUCCUCACCCACACUGGGGAGAGAAAGUUCCAGUGCCUGGAGUGUGGCAAAAGAUUUAUCACCAAAAGUCAUCUUAACACACACAUCCUCACCCACACUGGGGAGAGAAAGUUCCAGUGCCUGGAGUGUGGGAAAAGAUUUACCCAGAAAAGUAAUCUUAACAAACACAUCCUCACCCACACUGGGGAGAGAAAGUUCCAGUGCCUGGAGUGUGGCAAAAGAUUUACCCAGAAAAGUGAUCUUGACAGACACAUCCUCACCCACACUGGGGAGAGAAAGUUCCAGUGCCUGGAGUGUGGCAAAAGAUUUACCCACAAAAGUAAUCUUAACAAACACAUCCUCACCCACACUGGGGAGAGAAAGUUCCAGUGCCUGGAGUGUGGGAAAAGAUUUACCCAGAAAAGUGAUCUUGACAGACACAUCCUCACCCACACUGGGGAGAGAAAGUUCCAGUGCCUGGAGUGUGGGAAAAGAUUUACCCACAAAAGUGAUCUUAACAGACACCUCCUCACCCACACUGGGGAGAGAAAGUUCCAGUGCCUGGAGUGUGGGAAAGGGUUUACCCACAAGGGUUCCCUUGACAGACACAUCCUCACCCACACUGGAAAGAAGAAGAGAAAACAGGCAAAAUCAUAGAUGUUGCAGUCCCCGGUGACUCCGGCCUCAGUAGAGCUGAAAGGCACAAAACUACAAAACAUCACGACCUAAAAAGUGACCAAGAACAACAUGGUCACCGACGGACACCGGUGUGACACCAGUGAGAGAAGCUGCAGCAGAGGAUCACCCAUCAAAGAGAAGAAAUCUGGCAGAUAACAAGCUUCCUGCAAGACCAAAACCACACAAGGAACCUCCUCAAGAAAACAGACAGAAUGACAGCAAGGCGCAGCGCAGGCAGCGGCCGGCCGGCCGGGCGGGAGACCGGCAGGGAGGGGCCGAGCCCCGGCCGAAGCCUUGGCACCACAGAUGAGGACAAAGACAAGAAAAUAAAGGCCAGAAAGAUGAAGAGGCAGCUUGCAGAAAAGCCAGGGGUGGUGUGCAGGCACGUGGCAAAGACCUCAACAGAAGUACAAGACCCGCCCGAGGAAGAAGUGGCCGAGGGAUGCUGCAGGCCACUGCUGCUGGAAGACCCCACGCAGCACCAGGCAGCCCCGGGGAUACAGACCACCACGGUUAAACACACAAGUAAACAACAACAAUGCCAGCCGUUCAGCUUACACAGGAAGGUCUGCUGGCCACAAGACUACUGCCACAAACCAGCUGGCAAUACCACCAGUGACUUGUGGGUGUGGUGUGGUGUGGUGUGGUGACUGGCCACAAGACUACUGCCACAAACCAGCUGGCAAUACCACCAGUGACUUGUGGGUGUGGUGUGGUGUGGUGUGGUGACUGGCCACAAGACUACUGCCACAAACCAGCUGGCAAUACCACCAGUGACUUGUGGGUGUGGUGUGGUGUGGUGUGGUGACUGGCCACAAGACUACUGCCACAAACCAGCUGGCAAUACCACCAGUGACUUGUGGGUGUGGUGUGGUGUGGUGACUGGCUCAAAGGUUUAUCCUGAAAUGUAAUCUUGACACACAUGCUCACCCACACUGGGGAAAGGAAGUGCAGCAGGUGUGGUGUUUGUGGCUGUGCUCAUCACUUUUUUCUUUAUUUUUUAGCUUCUUGAUCAGUAAAGUGUUGUCAGCCUUGUACACACAGCUUUGGUUCACUUGCACAAGGUUUUGGGGGCUCGGGGGUGUUCCUAAGGGGGGCACUAACUGUCCAGGGGUGUUCCUGCUUGUUUCUGUCUCUCUGUGUCUCUGGUUUUGGUGUCUCCCUCCCAAACAUUAUUUUCACAACAAGCUACAAACCAACAUCCCUUCAUUAACACUUAGAUACCUUAACUUAACUCACCCCAAAACUCCCACAAACUGACUAACUUGUUUUUUGUUUAUUGUUUGUUUAUUUUAUUUGUUUUAUAUGUGUUUUUUUUAUUUGAAAGUAGCCAUAUUCUUAAGGUUUUUAUGGUUCUGUUUAUUAUUGUUUGGGCUGUCCUGUGUUUGUGAUUGCUGGACUCAUAUAGAAAUGGGUAGUUUUAUUGAAGGGGUGAAACAAUGACAAUACUGCCUGGCUCUUGCACUAGUGAGGUGGACAGAAUAGGGAUGAGAAUAAAGAGAAAUUGUCAUAGGAAAUACAAACUGGCAGACUUUAGAGUGUAACAGUGAAGGGGUUGAAAAAGUGGAGGUACUGUUUAGCUCUUGCACUAGUGGGGUGGACAGAAUAGGAGAGGAUUCUUAAAAGUUUGGCAUUGUUAGCUUGAAAGAUUAUACUUGAAAGAUUAUUUAUUACAUGUUGAAAGGACAGAAUAAGGAUGAAAAUAUAUAGAAAGUCUUGUGAAGAUACUGGUUAACUCUUGUACUAGUGAGGUAGACAGAAUAGGAGGCCAUUCUAACAAGUUUGCCAGUGUUAGUUUGAAAGGCGAUACUUCAAAAAAAGACUUGUUACAUAUUUAAAGGACAGAAUAGGGGUGAAAAUAAAUGAGAAGAAGUAGAAAGUCUUGUUACCAGGGGGACAUGAGAAAAAUUUUGGCAGUGUUAAUGUGUUUGUUACCGACUUUUUUCACCUCGCAUCACCUCUGUCUCUCUCCUGAACCUCUAAAAAAAUAUGUACAAUGCAUUUAGACAAGUUAGGAAGGAGGUUAAGAGAGAGAGGUGAGAUGAAGUGAGAAUAUUCCUAUGUAUUUUCUGUCAUAACACCUCAUAUCACCUUUUGUCUCCCCUGAACCUCUAAAAAUAUCAACAGUGAGACAUUUAGACAAGUUAGGGAGGUGAAGAGAGAGAGAGAGGUGAGAUGAAGUGACAUUAUUCCUGUCUCUCUCCCAGCUUAAACUUUCAAAAAUAUUUAUAAUGAGAAAUGUAGACAAGUUAGAGAGGUGUAGAGAGAUAGAGGUGAGAUGAAGUGACAUUAUUGUUUUGUUUCUUGCCUAACACCUUUCUCUCUCUCCUUCUCUUGGCCUCUGCCUCCUCAAAAAGAGCCUAUAUUAAUGAACUGGUGAUGGUACAGGCCUAUAAUACCUUGUAACAACAUUUCAUCAUAAAAUCUGCCAACGCUGGUUCAAUUAUAAUCAUUGUCAUUGCUCAUGCUAAGCUUAGUAUUAUUAUUAUUAUUAUUAUUAUUAUUAUUAUUAUUAUUAUUAUUAUUAUUAUUAUUAUUAUUACUAUUAUUAUUAUCAUGUCAUGCAUUAGUGUUUUCAUUUGUUUCCUGCGCUGUCAUUGGUGCAGGAAAUAUCAUGAUGUUUUGGUUGCAAGAGUCCAUGUAUAUAUAGAUUGAGCCAUCGUAUUCAUGUUUAUCAUUGUGUGGUGUUGUAAAUAUACUUUAUCUGUAAAUAAAAAAUGUAUCCUAU